GUGCUCUUCUGGUAGUCUAAUGGUGGCUGGAAGGACAUGCCAACCGUUGGAUUAAGCAGGGUACGGCUAGGAUGAGCCUCAGCUCAUGAAUUUCAACAGUCACAGAUAGCAAGGAAACUGCCGGGUCGGUAGGUAGUGCGGGGCCCACCUGCAGGCUGCAGAUUGAACCUUCCCCUCAACGGCUAGCUCCACCCUCCAACCGUUGUGCCAAAACCAAACAAAUCCCGAGCUCUUUCUAGCCAAAUCACACUCACACUCCUCUUCUCUCUCUGACGCUACCCUCAGCUCUCCAGCCAAGAAGCCGCAGGCAGCGAGCUCUGCGGCGAUGGGGUACACGUACACGCCGACCUACUACUCGGGCCUGCAGGACACCAUCGCGUCGCUGUGCAAGUCCUUCCUGCCCUUCCCCUUCCGGGGCGGCCGCCGCCUCACCGCCGAUCAGGCCGCCGCGCGCCGCCACGCCGAGCAGCUCAAGUGGCAGCAGGAGUCCUUCCACCGCAUCCUCCACCUCUCCGGGCUCCACCGCGAGGGCAUCGUCCCGGCCUCCGACGUCGCCGCCUUCCGCGCCUCCAUGCUCGCCACGCUCGUCGCGCCGCCGGCGCACCCCGACCAGCCCGCUGUCCUCCGCGACAAGCUCCUCUUUCUCCAGGAGCUCCUCUACUCCAAGUGCAUUUCCGCGGCGGAGUACAACUCCUCCAAGGCGCCCCUCGUGCAGCGCCUCGCUGCGCUCGGCGUCGUGGUCGAGUGCCCUGACGCGGAGGGCUCGGCUGAGGAGUGGUCGGAGAUCGACCUCCGGGACCCGCCUCCUCCCGAUGCAGCGGCCGGAGACAAGCCAAAGCACAAGGCCUUCAUCACGCCGUGGAAGAGCAGAUCCAAGAAGGAGCAGGACGCGAACAGCAACGCAUCAAGGCCGCCGCUAGCGCAAGUGGACCAAAACCACCCCAAGAACGCUUCAGUCCUCAUGGCCGAGAGCUCGCUAUCGGAGGCGGUGUCCUCCGGGAAGCCCGAGAAGGGGAAGAGGAGGCACCUGGCGGCCAUGUUCCACAGCAGCGGCAAUGGCAGCGAGAACAAGGAACCCGCGGGGGAGGAAGGGGCUGAUGACAAGGAGACGGUGAAAGGCAAGAAGAAGAGUUCUUGGGGGUUCGAUGGGCUCAAGAAGUGGAAGAAGACAGCUGGUGGCGGCAAUGAGGAGGUGCCUGAGCACACCCCGGCUGCGCCGCCACGGUCUUCGCACAGCGAGUGCCGGCUUGAGGCGAGCCCCAUGGCUGCCUCCGGCCCGGACGCGAAGAGGGCCAAGAAGAAGCUGCAUCCGGCCACGGGUGAUGACUCUGCUUCCGAGUUGUUGCAUGACAAGGUUCUGGUGGAGAACACAAAGAAAGAGCUUUCAAGGAUUCGGGCUAAGCUAUCAUCUACAAAUCGGAAUCUGAACUUCUCGGAUCAGCACAUCGAGGCCAUCUCAACAAAGCUUCCGGUGGACAAGGCAUGGUGUGAACAGCAUGGAGACGGCGUGGUCACCGCCGCGAAGAAAGGGUUCAAGGAACACGUCGAAGAGAUGGAGAAGCAGAGGGACAUCGCCGGCGGCGAGGGCUGGGCUACUUUUGAAGACAUCAACUUUGACGAGAACUUCAAUCCCAGGGCCUCCUCUAGAUAUCAGUCAGAUUCAGUGGUGAAGGGGAAGAAAGUCAAUGAAAGCCUCACUAGCAGUUUCACGAACCCCUUCUAUGACGAGAAGAACCCGUUCUUGAGCACAAUCUACAACUGAUACAAUCAUACAAGUGAAUGCUGUUCGAAUCUUUAACCUUAAGGUUGUAUCAAUUCGUUUAUAUUCUGGUUACUGCUGUAUUGUACUUAAGGUUCAAUUGUUAUAUUGGACCAGGGUUGCGGUUUAUGGUGUAAGAAGUUGUAAUGGGAGCUUGUAGUUCCCUUGAUUAAAAUCAUUUACCCUUACCCCUUAAAAA